AUGGAGCCUGGAGGACAUUUAGGACAACCCCUCAUCCUCAUUAAACAAAUAAAUAACAACAAUCAGGCUCGAAAGGUGGGAGGCUGGGAGCGGACAGCGAAGGAUACGACGGUGGCGAACGGUCGUGUGAACGAAGUAUUCUACAGGACUCCAGCACAGAUGGAGGAGGCGUCACCCACCUUGCAUGCAUCCUGUGAUGUUGAUGAUUUUGGUUCGAAUCAGAAGUUAUGUAAUUUAAAUGCAGACUGCAGGCAGAUGCCGCCUUCACAGCCAAGUUGUGUUACUGGAGCUGUGAAGAUUGAGCCUCGUGAUGAGCAGCAAUCAAACUGUGACUCAGGGCUCCCAGCUGGCUUCCUUGAAGUGGAGAAAGAGGAACCUUUCUUCAUGGAAGAUGUGGGCGAUUGCAUGGUUGCCGAUGCAGAAUCUUUCGAAUUUUGUGUCAAGGUAGAGCCUGUCGAGGCUGGGGCAUCUCCAUCCAUCCCCCAGGCUCCUCCUGCAAACCAAGAACUCCCAACAAGGGCAGGAAUCUUUACCGCUGUUCAAAAAGCCUCUGAGACUGCCUGCUUAGCCUCAACAUCAGCAGACGUCUUCACGCAAUGUCAAGCAGCCCUCCAGACUGCCUGCUUAGCCUCAACAUCAGCACACGUCUUCACGCCAUGUCAAGCAGCCCCCCAGACUGCCUGCUUAGCCUCAACAUCAGCAGACGUCUUCACGCCAUGUCAAGCAGCCCCCCAGACUGCCUGCUUAGCCUCAACAUCAGCAGACGUCUUCACGCAUGUCAAGCAGCCCCCCAGACUGCCUGCUUAGCCUUUACUUCUCUGGAGGCGCACAAUUGUGGUGCUUCAAUGAUUUCUUCUACUUCUGAAACUUCCACUUCCAAAGGUAUGAGUCUAACAAGUGAAACGAAGAAUGUAUUCACUGAAAGAGAAGCUGGUGGAGCUCGCUCACAUAAUAAUGGCUGCCCUUCUCCUACAUCUGCAGCUUCAGUAAAUUGUGACGUCCUCAGCUACAGUAGAACGAGAACCGUCUCUUUGAUGCAGUGUCAAAGUUAUGAAUAACUCUGUUCUGGGUUGACAGUCAUAACCUUGAAAGGAUCUGUCUGAUCUACUGUUCCGUUGUAGAUAAACCUGAGGGGUUUGGGUUCAUUAUAAUUGUCCGAAUAACAUAUAUAUUCAUUUGCCAGGGAAGGAUAAUGA